ACAUUCCUUUUGGUGAAAAUAACCCAAAUCAGUAUUUAUUAUUUAGUCUGUAGGAAAGUUAUAGAGUUCAUAAACUAUGGGAUAUAUCUUAAAAUUGAUAAUUCCUUAAUACUGACAGUCAAUCUAAUUUCUUGAGGCCCAAAAAUGUCAGAACAGUACAGAUAUCCCCCAAAUGACCCCUUUUUGCAAAGUAGACAAUCUGAUGUAUUUCAUAAGAGGCAUUGCAAGUUUUUUGAAGUUGUAAUUUUUUUGUCAUAAUGUGUUGGAAAAUAAAGAAAAUUUUUUUUUUACAUACUGUCACCA